CGAGCCGAGCGGGAGUGUCAGACCAACUUUACAAAGCGCCGCCGCCGCACCUGCGCGGGCACGGGAGCCGGGGUGGGGGGCCCCUGCAGCCGACCCCGCCCGCUGGAGGCAGAGGCCGGGAGGAGGCUGGAGGCAGAGCCCCGGGAGGAGGCUGGAGGCAGAGGCUGGAGCUUGCAGGCUGCCCCUUGCAGCCGGGGACGCGCCAAUUCCCGGCGACACCCGGCCGCCUCUUCGCCGCUCUCCAGCGCGCCCCGCGUUGGCGGCGUCCCCAGCGCCCCGAGCAGGGCGCGCCCCCGGCCCUACUGAAUUGAAUUCCCCGCCCCGGCCGGCGCCUCCCGGCUGCUCGUGAGUGAGGGUCGCUCCCCACCGGUGCUCGACUCGGGCUCCGGCUCCCCGGAGCUCCCCGCCCGCCGCACCACCCCCAGCUCUCGGCGCGUCCCAGCCCGGGGAGCCCACGGCAGCGUUUUUGGCCCGGAUCUGCUUCUUGGAUGCUGAAGGCUGAGCUGCUCCAGCGCGGGUGCCCGGGCGGCGAUGGGUGUCUUCAGAGCGUGGCUCGGGGUGGCCCUCGCCUUGGCGGCAUUUGCAGUAUUGCCUCAUCAUUCUGAAGGUGCUUGUGUCUAUAAGGGCUCCUUGUUGGCGGAUGCCACAGUUUGGAAGCCCGAUUCGUGCCAGAACUGUCGUUGCCAUGGCGAUAUCAUUAUCUGCAAACCUGCUGUUUGCAGAAACCCUCAGUGUGCCUUUGAGAAGGGAGAAGUUCUUCAAAUACCCGCCAACCAGUGCUGCCCCGAGUGUGUGUCCAGGACAUCUGGAUCUUGCCGUCACGAAGAGAAAGUCCAUGCGCACGGCGCGCAGUGGGCUUCGUCUCCAUGCAGCGUGUGCACCUGCGCUCACGGGGCAGUCCGGUGUGCCCCACAGCCGUGCCCACCACCGCGCUGUGGGCCCGGGAAGCGGGAACUCAUCCCCGAAGGCAGCUGCUGCCCAGUCUGCGUGGGUCCUGGGAAGCCGUGUUCCUCCGAGGAGCGGGUGUACCAGGAUGGACAGGAGUGGUCGCUGAGCCCGUGUGCCCGAUGCACGUGCAGAGAUGGGACAGUCCAGUGCUUCACAGCCCAGUGCCAGCCUCUGUUUUGUAACCAGGAGGAAACCGUGGUCCGAGUCCCUGGACAGUGCUGCCCCCGGUGCUCCGCGCGGACCUGCGUUGCCGCCGGCCGAGUCCACGAGCAUGGCGAGCAGUGGCGUGAAAACGCCUGUACCACCUGCAUCUGUGACCAGGGGGAGGUCCGGUGCCACAAGCAGGCCUGCCCUCCGCUGCGGUGUGAGAAGGGCCAGAAGAAGGCUCGGCGCCCCGGGGAGUGCUGUGAAGAGUGUGUGUCCCCGGCCGGAAGCUGCUCCUCACAGGGGGUCGUGCGGUACCAGGGGGACAUGUGGAAGAGCUCGGCCUGUGAGUUCUGCGUGUGUGACCGGGGCCAGGCCACCUGCCACCCUGGCGAGUGUGCCACUGUGCGGUGUGGCCAGGGUGAAGAAUUAAUUCACUUCGAUGGAAAAUGCUGUCCCGAAUGCAUUGCAAAGAAUAGUUAUUGUCGAUAUGAAGAAAAUGUAGAAUUUAUGUCUUCAAAUGUGAGUGAAGCUAAACAUAUUCCAGAGGGAGAGAAAUGGGAGGACGGCCCUUGCAAGGUGUGUGAGUGUCGGGGUGCUCAGGUGACGUGCUACGAGCCCUCUUGUCCCCCAUGUCCUGUAGCUACACUAGCCCAAGUGGUGAAGGAACGCUGUUGUCCAGAGUGUACAUCAGUUCGUUGUCACCCAGACUGCCUGACCUGCUCCCACUCUCCAGACCACUGUGACCUCUGCCAGGACCCCACAAAGCUGCUGCUCGGUGGACGCUGUGUGCACAGCUGUGGCCUGGGAUUUUACCAGGCUGGCGCUCUCUGUCUAGCCUGCCAACCUCAGUGCUCCACGUGCAGCAACGCGCAUGAGUGCUCCUCCUGCCAGCCCCCCCUGCUGAUGCAACACGGACACUGUGUCCUGACGUGCGGGCACGGCUUCUACCGGGAUCACCACGCCUGUGCAGCCUGCAGUGAGUCCUGUGCCACCUGCUGGGGUCCCACCGAGAAGCAGUGCUCGUCCUGCAGAGACCCCCUGCACGUGCUGAGAGAGGGCAGCUGCCAAGACAGCUGCGGCGAUGGCUUCUACAACAAGCAAGGGACCUGCAUUGCAUGUGACCAGUCCUGUAAGAGCUGUGGUCCCAAUAGCCCCAGGUGCCUCACCUGUGUUGGAAAGACAGUGUUGCACGACAGAAAAUGCAUUUCUGAAUGUCCUGGUGGGUACUACGCUGAUGCCACUGGCAGAUGCAAAGCAUGUCACAGCUCCUGUGCCAGCUGCUCUGGACCCCUGGUCUCCCACUGCACUUCCUGUUCCCAUCCCCGGGCUCUGCGCCAAGGUCUCUGCCUGCCCAGCUGUGGAGAGGGAUUCCACCCCGAACACGGGGUCUGCAAAGCCUGCCAUCCCUCCUGCCUGGCCUGCGUGGGCCCGGAGCCCUCUCACUGCACCCAGUGCAAGAAGCCAGAGGACGCACUGCAAGCAACGCUGCUGCCCGGCAUGGACAUUCCCUCUGGCGAGUGCCUGCCCCACUGCAGAGCCCAGUUUUACCUGGAGAGCACUGGACGGUGCGAAGCUUGCCACCAGUCCUGUGUGGAGUGUGCCGGUAGGAGUCCACACAACUGCACCGCCUGCCAGCCCUCCCGCGCACUGCUGGACGGACGCUGCCUCGCCCGCUGCCCAGAUGGAUUCUUCACCCGGGAAGGCGCUUGCACAGAAUGCCACCCCACCUGCAGGCAGUGCCAGGGACCGUCGGAAUCUGACUGCAUUUCCUGUCACCCUCACGCCACUCUCACGGCUGGGAGCUGCCAGACCAGCUGCAAGGAAAAACAGUUCGUCAACAUCACGGGCUACUGUGCUGCCUGCCAUCCUCUGUGCCAGCGCUGUGUGGCUCAGCCCCAAGGUCCCGGGAGCGUCUGCCUGACGUGCCAGCACCCCGAGCACCUGCUCCUGGGGGACCACUGUGUCCCCAGCUGCCCUUCCGGACACUAUGCAGAGAGAGGAGCUUGUAAAAAGUGUCACUCCUCCUGCAGGACCUGCCACGGCAGAGGUCCCUUCUCCUGCUCCUCGUGUGACCCCGGCCGCGUCCUGUCUCACCUGGGCACCUGCAGCACCACCUGCUUCCCCGGGCACUAUCUCGACGGCAACCAUGCUUGUCAGCCGUGCAACGCGCAGUGUGGAAGCUGUGAUUCACAGGCCAGCUGUACCUCCUGCCGGGAUCCCAACAAGGUCCUGCUCUUUGGGGAGUGUCAGUACGAGGUCUGUGCCCCGCAGUACUAUCUCGACUUUUCUACCAAGACUUGCAGAGAGUGUCACUGGACUUGCAGCGCCUGCACCGGGCCCCUGAGCACGGACUGCCGGCAGUGCCUGGACGGCUACCUCCUGCAGGAGGGCGCGUGCGUGGAGCAGUGCUCGCCCGCCUUCUACCGCCACUCGGGCCUCUGCAAGGGCUGUGACAGCCACUGUCUCCAGUGCCAAGGUCCCCGGGAGUGCACCCGCUGCGAAGAGCCGUUUCUCCUCCUGGAAUCUCAGUGCGUCCAGGAAUGUGGCAAGGGGUACUUUGCCGAUCAUGUAACCCACAGAUGCACAGCCUGUCCGCCGGGAUGCUUGCAGUGCCAACACAGGGACCGGUGCUAUGUCUGUGCCCAGGGAUUCUUCCUGAAGCUUGGCCUCUGCCUUGCCAGCUGCGUUCCUGGUUUCUCUGCCCACACUCCUAAUGAAACAUGUUCUGCCCAAAUACACACUCCGAGUCUUCAUGUGAAUGGUUCCCUCACCCUUGCCAUUGGUUCUAUGAAGCCACUGGAUUUCUUGCUCCUGAAUGUCCAAGACCAGGAUGGCAGCGUUGAAGACCUCCUGUUCCAUGUUGUGAGCACUCCCACCAAUGGUCAGCUGCUGCUUUCAAGGAACGGGAAAGAGGUUCAGCUCGACAAGGCCAGGCACUUUAGCUGGAAAGAUGUGCAUGAGAAAAAAGUGCGUUUUGUGCACAGCAAAGAAAAGCCCAGGAAAGGUUACUUUUCACUGAAAAUCAGUGACCAGCAGUUCUUCUCGGAGCCAAAGCUGAUCAACAUACAAGCAUUUUCAACACAGGCCCCGUAUGUGCUGAGGAAUGAGGCACUGCGUAUCAGCAGGGGAGAGAAGGGGACCAUCACCAACCAGCUGCUCGACAUCCGCGAUGACGACAACCCCCAGGACGUGGUCGUCGAGGUGCUGGACCCUCCACGCCACGGCCAGUUGCUGCACACGCUGCAGUCCCCUCCCGCUGCACUCCGUCAGUUCCGGCUGGACGAGCUGUCCAGGGGCCUCCUCCACUAUGCUCACGGGGGCUCACACGGCACGGCUGACGUGGCCGUGCUGCAGGCCAACGAUGGACACUCCUUCCAGAAUAUCCUCUUUCACGUGAAGAUUGUUCCCAAGAAUGCUGGUGGUCUUCGGCUUGUGGCCAAUUCAAUGGUGUGGGUCCCAGAAGGGGGGAUGCUGCAGAUCACCAAUAAGAUCUUACAGGCUGAAGCUCCGGGUGCCAGCGCCUCAGAAAUUAUCUACAAAAUUACAGAGGAUCACCCCCAAUUCGGGGAGGUGGUCCUUCUGAUUAACAUGCCAGCCGACAGCCCUGCAGAUGGAGGGCAACACCUGCCUGAUGGAAGGACGGCAACUCCCACCAGCACCUUCACACAGCAAGACAUCGACGAAGGCAUCGUGUGGUACAGGCACUCGGGGGUCCCAGCCCAGAGCGACUCCUUCCGUUUUCAGGUGUCCAGUGCCACCGACGCCCACACCCAUCUGCAAAGCCGCAUGUUCAACAUUGCCAUUCUACCACAGACGCCAGAAGCAUCGAAACUCUCUCUGGGAGCCACGCUACACAUGACCGCUCGAGAGGAUGGCCUGACUGUGAUUCAGCCCCAUUCCCUCUCCGUUGUAAACUCCAAAAAGCCAAGUGGGAAGAUUAUAUACAACAUCACUCUGCCACUGCAUCCAAAUCAAGGUACCAUUGAAUACAAGGAUCAGCCUCACUCUCCCAUCAGAUACUUCUCCCAGGAAGACGUUAACCAGGGCAGAGUCCUGUACCGUCCCCCCACGGCCGCCCCCCAUCUCCAGGAAAUCAUGGCCUUCUCCUUCGCUGGUCUCCCAGAAUCAGUGAAAUUCUACUUCACAGUUUCGGACGGAGAGCACACGAGUCCAGAGAUGGCCCUCACCAUCCACUUACUGCCCACUGAUGAGCGCCUGCCCACUUUCCAGGUCACGGCUCCACUGCUUGAGGUCACCCCGGGGGGCAGCGCUUCUCUCGGACUUCAGUUGACAGUAAGAGAUACCAAGACAGACCCUGAAGAACUCUACUUUGAGCUUCAGAAACCUCCACGGCAUGGCGCGCUCCUUAAGUACACAGAGGACUUCCAAGGGCCCAUGACUGCAGGGGACGCGUUCACGCAUGCGGAUAUUGAGAAGAAUGCACUGCAGUAUCUGCACGACGGCUCCUCGGCCCGGGAAGACAGCCUGGAGAUCUCGGUCUCAGACUCACUGACCACCAGCACCGUGGAAGUGAGGGUGCAAGUGACGCCGUCGCAGGACCCCCGGCCUCGGCUGGCUGCGGGGGCCUCGCUCAGCAUCACUGUCACUAGUAAAAGUACAGCCGUCAUCACGCGGUCACACCUGGCAUACGUGGAUGAUUCUUCACCAGACUCAGAGAUACGGAUUCGAGUCAGUUCUCUACCCAGGUAUGGCACUCUCUUAAAAUCCGAAGGACCGGAGAUGGGAGAACAGUCGGAGGUUUUCAACUUCACAAUGGAAGACAUCAACAGCAAGAAGAUUCGGUAUUCGGCUGUAUUUGAGACUGAAGGCCAUAUGACUACGGAUAGCUUCCACUUCUCUGUCUCUGAUAUGGACCAUAACCAUCUGGACAAUCAGAUGUUUACUAUCACGAUCGUUCCUGUCAAGAUUCCACCUCCAGUCAUUGCCUUUGCUGACCUUAUCACGGUUGACGAGGGUGGCAGAGCCCCGCUGUCAUUUCACCAUUUCUUUGCCACUGAGGAUCACGACAACCUCCGGAGAGAUGCCCUCAUUAAAAUCAGCGCUCCGCCCAAAUUCGGCUGCAUUGAGAACACGGGGACAGGUGAUCGUUUUGGCCCGGGAAUGACUGGUCAUUCCGAUGCCUCCUUCCCUAUUCAAGACGUCCUGGAAAACUACAUUUACUACUUCCAGAGUGUUCAUGAAAGCAUUGAGCCCACCCAUGACAUUUUUAGUUUUUAUGUAAGUGAUGGAAACAGUCAUUCAGAAAUCCAGAGCAUCAACAUCACCAUCGAGAGAAAGAAUGAUGAGCCUCCCAGGAUGACCUUGCGGCCCCUCCGAGUACAGCUGAGCUCAGGAGAGGUGAUAAGCAAUUCUUCCCUGGGCCUGCGAGACCUGGACACUCCUGAUAAUGAGCUGAUUUUUGUGUUGACCAAUACCCCUCACCACGGUCAUGUGUUCCUGAGGCCAACUGUCUCUGAGCCUCUGGAGAAUGGGAGGGCUUUGACCCAAGGCUCUUCCUUCACCUACCAGGAAGUCCUGUCGGGGCUGGUGGGCUACGUGCCGGGUGGGCCUGGUACGACAGUGGAUGAGUUCCAGUUCUCCCUGACUGAUGGCCUCCACACGGACACGGGGAGAAUGGAGAUCUUUGUAGAUCUGCCGACAGGUGACACCCCCCACUUGGCUGUAAACAGAGGCCUGCAGCUCUCAGCAGGAUCGGCGGCACGUAUCACAGAACAGCACUUGAAGGCCACAGACACCCACUCCGAUGCCCGUCGGGUGAUGUACGUGCUGAGGGAAGAGCCUGGAGCAGGGCAUCUACAGGUGGUCCAGCGCGACAACGUGAAGCGAAUCUCUGUGGAGGGCCCCGUCCGAAGCUUCACGCAGGUGGACAUCAGUCAAGGCCAACUGGAAUAUAGUCAUGAAAAAGGAGAACCUGGAGGCAGCUUUGUUUUUAAGUUUGACGUGGUUGAUGGAGAUGGCAACAAAUUGACCGGCCAGUCGUUUUCCAUCAGCGUUCAGGAAGACAGAUCUCCGCCAGUCAUCAUCACCAAUAAAGGUCUCGUCUUGGAUGAAAACUCAGUGAAGAAAAUCACAACUCUGCAGCUCUCUGCCACUGACCAGGAGCGUGUGCCUGCGGAAUUGACCUACAACGUCACCAGACAGCCGCAGCUGGGCCACCUGGAACUUGCAACCUCGCCAGGUCUCCGGAUCACUUCCUUUACUCAGGCUGACCUGAUGUCACGGAACAUCCAGUAUGUCCAUUCCAGCGAGACCGAGAAACAUUCCGAUGCCUUCAGCUUUACGUUGUCUGACGGAGUCCACGAGGUGACCCAGACGUUUCACAUCACCAUUCUCCCUGUGGAUGAUUCGCUGCCCAUUGUCCAGACCUCGGGGCUGCGGGUCCAGGAGGGAGUGAGGAAGACCAUUACAGAGUUCGAGCUGAAGGCCGUGGAUGCAGACACUGAGGCCGGGUUCAUCACCUUCACCAUCACACAGUCACCGCGCCACGGCACCAUCGAGCGAUCUGGCAGCGGGCCACGCUCUCAGCACCCCUCCACCUUCACCAUGGAGGACAUCUACCAGAACCGGGUCAGCUACAACCACGACGGCAGCAACUCCCUCAAAGACCGGUUCACCUUCACAGUGACCGAUGGCACCAACCCCUUCUUCAUUGUCCAGGAGGGAGGCAAGGAGAUUAUGACAGCGGCCCCUCAGCCAUUCCAAAUAGACAUACUCCCUGUAGAUGAUGGCACUCCGAGAAUUGUCACCAACCUGGGGCUCCAGUGGCUGGAAUAUAUGGAUGGCAAAGCCACCAACCUGAUCACCAAGAAAGAGCUGCUGACCACGGACCCGGACACGGAGGACCAGCAGCUUGUGUAUGAGAUCACGGCGGGGCCCAGCCACGGCUACGUGGAGAACAAGCUACAGCCUGGCAGAGCCACUGCUACAUUCACACAGGAGGAGCUGAACUUGGGGCUGAUUCGCUAUGUGUUGUUUGAAGAGAAGAUCCAUGAGAUGAUGGACAGUUUCCAGUUUCUGGUGAAAGACAGUAAACCCAACGUGGUCAGGGACAAUGUCUUCCACAUCCAGUGGUCCGUCAUUAGCUUUAAAUAUACCAGCUACAACGUCAGUGAGAAGGCGGGGUCCGUCAGUGUCACCGUGCAGAGGACUGGGAACCUCAACCAAUAUGCCAUUGUCCUGUGUCGCACCGAGCAAGGCUCUGCCAGCUCCGGCUCCAGGGCCAGCUCCCGGCCUGGCCAGCAGGACUACAUGGAGUACGCCGGCCAGGUGCAGUUUGACGAGCGAGAGGACACCAAGUCCUGCACCAUUGUCAUCAAUGAUGAUGACGUGUUUGAGAAUAUCGAAAGUUUCACCGUGGAGCUCAGCAUGCCGGCAUAUGCCCUGUUAGGGGAGAUCACCCAGGCCAAGGUCAUUAUCAAUGACACUGAGGAUGAACCCACUCUGGAGUUUGAUAAGAAGACCUACCGAGUCAACGAGAGUGCCGGGUUUCUGUUUGCACCUAUUGAAAGAAAAGGGGACUCAAGCAGCAUCGUGUCUGCAGUUUGCUACACGGUUCCUAAGUCGGCGAUGGGAAGCAGCCUCUACGCUCUUGAGUCGGGCUCUGAUUUUAAAUCGAGAGGAAUGUCCGCGGAGAGUCGUGUGAUCUUCGGGCCCGGGGUGACCAAGUCCACGUGUGACGUCAUGCUCAUUGACGACAGCGAGUAUGAGGAUGAGGAAGAGUUUGAGAUUGUUCUGGCAGACGCCUCCGACAAUGCCCGCAUCGGGAGGGUGGCAUCCGCCAAGGUGCUCAUCAACGGGCCCAACGACGCCUCCACCGUGUCCCUGGGCAACACAGCCUUCACGGUCAGCGAGGAUGCAGGCACAGUGAAGAUCCCAGUUAUCCGCCACGGCACUGACCUAUCCACCUUCACGUCUGUCUGGUGUGCCACGCGCCCCUCAGACCCGGCGUCGGCCACACCGGGAGUGGACUACGUCCCCAGCUCAAGGAAGGUGGAGUUUGGCGCGGGGGUCACUGAGCAGUAUUGCACCUUGACUAUCUUGGACGACACUCAGUAUCCAGUCAUUGAAGGGCUGGAGACCUUUGUGGUUUUCCUCAGCUCAGCACAAGGGGCCGAACUGACCAAACCCUUCCAGGCUGUUAUUGCAAUUAAUGACACAUUCCAAGAUGUGCCCAGCAUGCAGUUCUCCAGGGAGUCGCUGCGGGUGCAGGAGAAGGACGGCGUCCUGCACGUGCCCAUCGUCCGCAGCGGAGACCUGAGCUACGCGUCCUCCGUGCGCUGCUGCACGCGCGGCCUCUCGGCCCGGGUCAUGGACGACUUCGAGGAGCGAAGAAACGCGGAUUCUUCCCGCAUCACCUUCCUGAAAGGGGACAAAAUGAAGAACUGUACUGUCUCCAUCCAUGAUGACUCCAUCUUCGAGCCUGAGGAACAGUUCCAGAUCUACCUCAGCCAUCCUCUUGGAAACCACUGGAGUGGAGCCAGAAUCGGGAAGAAUAACCUGGCCACCAUCACCAUCUCCAAUGAUGAAGAUGCACCAACCAUUGAGUUUGAAGAAGCUGCAUACCAAGUUCGAGAACCCUCGGGGCCAGAUGCCAUGGCCAUUCUCAACAUCAAGGUCAUUCGCAGAGGAGACCAAAACAGGACGUCCAAGGUUCGCUGCAGCACAAGAGACGGCUCUGCCCAGUCCGGUGUGGAUUAUUACCCGAAGAGUCGAGUGUUAAAGUUCAGUCCCGGCGUGGACCAUAUCUUCUUUAAAGUUGAGAUUCUGUCCAAUGAAGACCGGGAGUGGCAUGAAUCCUUCUCCCUAGUCCUUGGUCCAGAUGACCCCGUGGAGGCAGUUCUCGGCGAUGUGACCACGGCCACCGUGACGAUUCUAGACCAGGAGGCAGCGGGGAGCCUGAUACUGCCAGCACCACCCAUUGUUGUCACGCUCGCUGACUAUGACCACGUGGAAGAGGUCACCAAGGAAGGAGCCAAGAAAUCCCCUUCCCCGGGCUACCCCCUGGUCUGUGUCACCCCCUGUGACCCCCACUUCCCCAAGUAUGCGGUCAUGAGGGAGCGCUGCCUCGAGGCUGGCAUCAACCGCUCCUCCGUGCAGUUCAGCUGGGAAGUGGCUGCCCCCACAGACGGCAAUGGGGCCCGGUCUCCUUUCGAGACCAUCACUGACAACACACCGUUCACCAGCGUCAACCACAUGGUCCUGGAUAGCAUUUAUUUCAGCCGGAGGUUCCAUGUGCGUUGCGUGGCAAAGGCUGUGGACAAGGUGGGCCACGUGGGGACCCCCUUAAGGAGCAACAUCGUGACCAUCGGCACAGACAGUGCCAUCUGCCACACCCCAGUGGUGGCUGGGACAGCAAGAGGCUUCCAGGCUCAGUCCUUCAUUGCGACCUUGAAAUACCUGGACGUCAAACACAAGGAGCAUCCCAACAGAAUCCACAUCUCGGUGCAGAUCCCACACCAGGACGGGAUGCUGCCGCUCAUCUCCACCAUGCCUCUGCACAACUUGCACUUCCUGCUGUCCGAGUCCAUCUACAGGCACCAGCACGUCUGCUCCAAUCUCGUCACCGCCCGGGACCUGCGGGGCAUCUCAGAGGCAGGAUUUCUGGAUGACCGGGUCUACGACAGCACCGCGCUCGGCCCUGGCUAUGACCGCCCCUUCCAGUUUGACCCCAGCGUGCGCGAGUCGAAGUCCAUCCAGCUCUACAAACACCUGAACCUGAAGAGCUGCGUGUGGACCUUUGACGCCUACUACGAUAUGACGGAGCUGAUAGAUGUCUGUGGGGGCUCUGUCACCGCCGAUUUCCAGGUGCGAGAUUCAGCCCAGUCCUUCCUGACGGUGCACGUGCCCCUGUAUGUGUCCUACAUCUACGUGACGGCCCCCAGGGGCUGGGCUUCCUUGGAGCACCACACAGAGAUGGAGUUCUCCUUCUUCUAUGACACGGUUCUCUGGAGAACAGGAAUCCAGACAGACAGUGUGCUGUCUGCAAGGCUUCAGAUCAUCAGGAUCUACAUUCGAGAGGAUGGCCGGCUUGUCAUCGAAUUCAAAACCCACGCCAAAUUCAGAGGACAGUUUGUGAUGGAGCACCAUACCCUCCCCGAUGUGAAGUCCUUCAUACUGACUCCAGACCACCUCGGAGGCAUUGAGUUUGACCUGCAGCUCCUCUGGAGUGCUCAGACUUUUGACUCCCCGUAUCAACUCUGGAGAGCCACAAGCUCUUACAACAGGAAGGAUUACUCCGGGGAGUACACCAUAUACCUCAUCCCCUGCACCGUGCAGCCCACCCAGCCCUGGAUAGACCCCGGAGAGAAGCCUCUGGCCUGUACCGCACACGCCCCAGAAAGGUUCCUGAUACCCAUUGCUUUCCAGCAGACCAACCGGCCCGUGCCAGUUGUGUAUUCACUCAACACGGAGUUUCAGCUCUGUAACAACGAGAAGGUUUUCCUGAUGGACCCCAACACGUCCGAUAUGUCCCUGGCAGAAAUGGAUUACAAAGGCGCCUUCUCGAAAGGUCAAAUCCUUUAUGGCCGAGUGCUUUGGAAUCCAGAACAAAACCUUAAUUCUGCUUACAAGCUCCAGCUGGAGAAAGUCUAUCUUUGUACUGGCAAGGAUGGCUAUGUACCUUUCUUUGAUCCCACGGGGACAAUCUACAAUGAAGGACCGCAGUAUGGAUGCAUUCAGCCAAAUAAACACCUAAAACACAGAUUUCUGCUACUGGACCGCAGUCAGCCGGAGGUUACUGAUAAGUACUUCCACGACGUGCCCUUCGAGGCCCACUUCGCCUCCGAGUUGCCUGAUUUCCAUGUGGUCAGCAGCAUGCCGGGCGUGGAUGGAUUCACCCUGAAAGUAGAUGCACUUUAUAAGGUGGAAGCCGGACACCAGUGGUACCUCCAAGUCAUCUACAUCAUCGGCCCCGACACCGUCUCAGGGCCCCGGGUCCAGCGCUCUCUCACAGCGCCCGUGAGACGCCCCCGCAGGGACCUGGUGGACCCCAGCGGCCGGCUGACCCUGGACGACUCCCUCAUCUACGACAACGAGGGGGACCAAGUCAAGAACGGCACCAACAUGAAGUCCCUGAACCUGGAGCUGCAAGAGCCCGUCAUAGCCGCGUCCCUGUCCCAGACGGGGGCGUCCAUUGGCAGCGCCCUGGCUGCCGUCAUGCUGCUCCUCCUCGUGUGCCUGGUGGCCUGCUUCCUCACCAGGAAGUGCCAGAAGCAGAGGAAGAAGCCUCCCCCUGAGCACGUCUUGGAGGAGUACCCCCUGAACACGAAGGUGGACGUGCCCGGGAGGAGUCCCGAGCAGGUGGAGAAGAACGUGCACAGACAGUACUGCACCGUGCGCAACGUCAACCUGCUGGCGGGCGACGCCGAGGCCGCCUACGUGUUCAAAGGGGCCAAGGUGAAAAAGUUGAAUCUGGAGGUCAGAGUCCACAACAAUUUACAGGAGGGAACGGAAGUUUAAUGGGGGACACCUGUGUGUAUGUUCUUUUUCUAAAAUCAUUUUUAUAAGACGGGGAGGGUGGGGGGGCGUGGGGGGAAAUACUGGUAUUUUUCUAAUCCUGCAGAGGAAAAAGGGAAAACGCUAGCUUUGGCGGAAGGCACACACAUCACAGGCAUCAACUCACCGUUGAGCUACCUCGUUGAACAAAGAACCGACGGAGACCCCCAGAGCGGCGGAGUCGAGGCGUUCCCGACAUUUCUCUAGUCGUCCUGGUUACACCCACAUUGCUGCCUCUGCAAGGCCGAGCUCAGGCCCUUAGCACAGGGGCUCAGAGCACUGGGAGCCCACGCCGGCAGGUCCCAGAGUCAGCCUGCAGGGCUCCGCUCUGCGCUUUCCUCCCCAGCUUGCAGUUCCUCGGGCUUUUCCUGGGCCUCCAGCUGGCUCCCUUGGAGUCGCCGACAUCCAGGCUCCACUUCAUUCCUGCUAAUCAGCAUCAGUCCCAUCUUUGCUCUCUUGUAGCCGCUCUUCAGCCCUGGCUGUCCUCUGCCUUUCCAGAACCCUUUCACCUGGGCUUCCCAGGACUUCCUCUCAACUAGAGCAUUUCUCCGCUGCCAGGGAGGAAAGAGAAACAAAAGGCGAAAGGCAGAACUCUCCUGUCUGACAUCAGAAACAAAAGCAAACGCCAGGCCUCUCGGGCCAGACAUCAGAGCAGAAGGGAGGCUGGGAGCGUGGUGGGGGAGGGCAGGACAGGAUGGGGGGCUUGAAACCUGGGGAAGGACAGGCCUGGCCAACAGCUCGGAACAUGUCAGUGACUCUCCCCCGGGCCCAGGAGGAUACCCUUGUGCCAGCUUCUACCAUCACUGGCCUUGGCUCUGUCUCAGCACCUCGUCUGCAUUGAAUGAUCCUGGGGGUAGAUUCAGACGUCCUCCGUGGCAAGGGGGCUGCAAAGCAGGGUCAUGCACCCUGACCUUUCUCUAUAGUCAACAUUUAUGGAUGCUUCACACACACACACACACACACACGCACACACUUUCCUGCUACCCCAGGCAUAAACAAUAUUAGCCAAGCUUUGCUAGCUUUGGGCCUUUCCUUUUGCUUGGGUUUCAGAAAAGUGACGCCUUGGAAUAAAGCAAAUCAGGAGAAAGCCCAGGUCAGAGUAAAAUCUGAAUUAAUAGGCGUCAACGGGUCUUCACGGCAGUAAUAAAAAAAUUUGUUGCACACAACAAAGAAAGCCCUGGUGGGAUUCACCGCAGAUAAAGUGCCCGGACUCGUGGCAGACAGGCUCAGUUCUUGGUGCAGUAUUUCAGGGAUUGCUCCUUUGGGGGAUUCUUUCCUGGUAGCUCAGGCCCUUGUUUGACCAUAUCCGCACAUUGCAAAGCCCUCGGCAGGGGGCUUUAAAAUGAUCUCAUGUCCAAAUACUAGCUUAACUAUUUUGUAAGUAGCGCGCACCCAGCUUGCUUUUGUGUUUCUCUCUCAUCUCUGCCUUAAUGGCCAACGCCGGAAGCAUGCACGUCACGUGGUUUGGAAUGCGAGGUACAAUUCCAUGACUGAGCGUUAAGAGACACGUCCCCUUCCUAAUGCCCGCACCCGCAGCCCCUGGGCACAGAGCAGAGCAUUGCACGCUGUACACUCCCCCCCUCUCUCAGCACAUUCCCAACUGGAACCAUUUUGGUCUGAAAAGCUCGGAAAAAAGAACUACAAAGGGUUUUAGCUUCUCGGCCGCACUCAGAGCUCCCUGAGAGAAGACCCCAUAGGAGCUGUGCCUUGAUUUUCCUGUCGUGCCUUGCACAUUACGAGCACUCCCGAAAUACCCGUUGUGUUGAAGAAUGAAUGGUGUCUGGGUGAGUGACAGAGAAAGACGUUUCAGGACGGGGAGCCGAGUGUGGUGGCAAUCUCCUGAAGGCAAGUGUGGGUGGGGGGAAAAAGCACAAACAUGGUUUCUUCUACUUGGGUCGUCAAGCACUCUUCUGCCCCGAACAAAGCCCCCGCUAGUUAUGUAGGCGGCGGUCUGGUGUGGUCAAAGGGGCACUGGGCAGGAAAGCUUGCAUCGUGUGUCGGCAUCUUCAGAGCAGGACAUUGCGAGGGAGGUUCGGCUUCACGUCCGAGAAGAGUGGGAAGAGUCAGAGGAGGAUAAAUUAGGGGGAGCGAACCUGGAACCAGAAAUUCCCAGCUGGUCAGGUGCUGCUGCUUGAGCCCAGCGUGGCCAGCUCGGCUGCAACUUCUCGGCCGCGUGAGCAUCCAGGAUUGGCCGACGGCUGGAGAACCAUCAGUUCCGAAGAACAACCCGGAGGGCGAACACCAGUUCUGUCUGGACAGAAAGCCAAGCCUGUGGGUGGGCAGGGCUGUCUGGACCGACUGCGUACAAGUGUCGCCAGUGCCAGGGUGCCUUCACGGGAAAGCAGCCCCUGUCCUUGGCUCAGAUGAUCCUGCAGAAGCCCCCAGGCCAGCCGGUAGGAUGCCCGCGAGGGCAGAAGGCAGGCUGAAGCAGAAGGCAGACGAGCGUGUAGGAAUGCACACUUCUUAGACACGAUGGAGGACCUUGGGGUGCUGAACAGCCUGUGUGACAGGAAACCCCUGGGCCUCUCCUCGCCUCCCCUCUUUCCUGCCAGUCGACACGUGGUUGAAAGCCAGCCCUGCGCCUGUGAACGCACGCUUCCGCAGUCGCCACUGAAGCCUAAGGCCGAGGUGGAUGCCUUUGACACGAGAUAUUUCCCGGUGUUGAUGCGUUUUAUACUUUUCCUUCGUACUCGGGAUCGGAUAACUUGGUAAUGGAUUUGGAUGCUGUGACAGUCAAGGCUCUGCUUUCCGUGUCACCUCCCCCCCCCCCCCCCCGCAACUUGCUCACUAAUGCCAAUGUGUGUUUUUCACUAACCUUUUAUACCAAGCCUUUAGGGAACAAGGAACGAAAGCCGCUCAGGGCUUGCUCGUUGCUCUCCCGUGCCAGCUGUGAUGGUGAAACGAAUCUGCACCUCCGUUUCUCCCGCCUCACUGCCAUCUAGCUGCCUCCAGCCUCCUGGAGGACUGGCGUGGUGCUCCAGCCCGUUGUCGGAUGAGAGAGGGGAGGGCGGACAGUGUGGGUCCAUGGCGCGCAGUCUCUGGUCCUGUAGGUAUUUGUUUUUCUUGGAUACUACACACCCGCUCUGACUGAGUUAAGACAUUUGUGGUGCUGUUAAUCUGAUUUCUUGAUUCUCAGAUGUUUUUUGUAUCUCCUGUUCUGGUUUGUGUGCUAUGAAUUUUUGAUUUCUCCAGUAGCAUAAGCCACUAUAUAAAUUUGUAUUAAUAAA